AUGGAGCCCGAUAUCCGACUCGAGGAUUACUUGGAUGACAAACUGCAGUCAACUGCCGACUUGGAAAGCUUAGACAGCCUGAUCGCCAACAUCGAGCUGCAGCGAAGCCAGCUCCAAGCACAGCUCGAAGAUGCCACGCAAACCCUCGAAGACGUACGCCAAUCAGCACUGGACCGCCAAGGUAGACUUGCAAAACAGAUCGAUGAUUUUGAGAAGCUCCAGCAAAGCAUAGACGUACGACUGCAAAUCGUGGUUGCCUCAGAUGCCCCAGAUGAAGCGAUGCGACGGCUCGAGACGCCAAUGCAGCAGCUACACAAGGUUGGAUUGGCGUACCAGUACGUGUCAUUGCUGCAGGACGUCGAGAACAUGCGCCUGGCGGCCAAAUCACACCUGCCCCAGAGCCCGAAAGCUGCGCUACAGCCGUAUACAAGGCUGAGGAAGCUGUCCAAACGGCUUCGGGAGCUUCAGGGCCCCGCAGACGAUGCCGCUGGACAUUUGGUCACUUACGUUGAGCAAGUUACAGCCAGCGUCUGGGACGAGAUGAAAAAGAUCAUGGCCGGAGAAAUGGGGGCUAUUCUGGAGAAGCGCAAAUGGCCCCAGGGGGUUGAUGCGCACGCAGAGAUGGACGACGAGUGGAUACAAUGCUUCGAGAAGCUGGCCGACCUGCAGAUCCCCGAGGUGCUCUACUCGGAAAGUGUGGUCACUCUCCUACCCAUCGAUGUCAUGGCGAGGCCCUUUGUGCAGUGGUUCCGCUUUCAAUUCAUGGGUGACAAUGCAACUAGUGCUCAUCCGGCCUUUGGCACAUUUUGCAUACCUAACUUUGUUUCGUUGAUCGACAAAUGGGAGGAAUUCUUUCGAGAAAACCUCGGGCAUGUCCUCGCGUCCCGAUUUCAGGGGACAAAAGCUGGAGACAAAGCCGUGUAUAUGGACCCUGCCGGUGCGCUCAUUACCUCCAUGUUGCCAGUUAUGAGGGAGAAGGUCGACAUUGUUGCUCGACAUGGAUUGAAACAUCCACAGUAUUUGAGUAGCCUCAUGAUCCAGCUGAUGAAUUUUGAUGAUACAAUCCGGACGAGGUUCAACUAUGACGGAGGUGAUCCAGAGAACGGAUGGGCUGGCCUUGCCUCCGAAGUAUUAGACAAGCACUUCAGAGAAUGGUUGAGGGCCGAGAAAGAUUUCGCUCUUCAACGUUACCAGACCAUAAUGAGCGCACCGGAUGCUCACAGCAUCGACUACGAUUACAGUGGUCCCGGCAAGAUGAAACCGACUUUCGGGGCAGUACGAGUGACGGAUCUGCUGAGGUCGGUGACGACCCAGUACGAGAGAAUUCGGAGACUCCCUCACAAAGUGCGGUUCCUGAUCGACAUCCAACAAGAGAUCCUUGACCAGUACCACACUCGAUUGUUGAACUCUCUCGAGGCUUACUCGUCCUUGAUAUCCCCUGCUGCUCGCAUGCUUCAAGGUGUUACGAAGGAACAGCUGGCAGCAUUGGAGGGGACUGGAGCAUUCGAGACGCUAUGCAAAGUGCAGGGGAGUUCUGAUCACAUUGUCAAUACUUUAAAAGAUUGGGGCAAUGAAGAGUUCUUCAUCAUACUCUGGGAGGAGUUGAAAGAUCGAGCCAAGCAGGCGGACGACCAGACUAACCUUGUCGGUGGGAUGAGCUACGAUCAUGUCAGAGACCACACAUCUUCUGACAUUGGCUCGGACGGCGAUGGCACCAUCUUUGACGAAACCAUAAAGUUUUACAGCAAACGCAGGGAUAGCGCGCGAGCUUUCCUCGUGGCCGCUUUGAUCGAGUCGAACCAGACUGCCUUUCGUCCUUACCUCUCAAGACCGCAAUGGUCCCUUGUCAAUAAUAACGGUGGCAUUGUUGAUCCAUCACAACUGGGAGUGACAGCUGAACUUGUUGAGCCAUUACGGGUCAUGAAGCAAAAUCUCAAAUUCUUUGCCUCGGCCCUCAGCACCGCAGUCUACCGCAGGACCUGGCGGGAAGGUCUGGAAAGCCUGCAAGAGACGCUGUGGUCACAGGUACUCAUACGGCAGAACUUCACCACGCUGGGAGCGGCCCAGUUCGUACGUGAUUUGCAAGAGAUCUCCGAGCUAGUAGAUGGUUACAUAUCGGGAAUCUCUGUGACGUUAACACAACUGCAAGAAGGAGCUAGGCUUCUUAGUUUACCGGUUGAAGCAGAAAUCGGAGACAUGACUCUUCAACAGGCGAGUGAUCGAGUGUUCACUGACAACACGGAGGCAAGGAAGUUGUUGGAAGAAUUGGGCAUCGUGACUCUCGAGCCGGCCAAUGCGAGGAGGAUUCUCCAGAGACGGGUGGAGUACAGCGAGUAG